AUGUCGUCCCCUAAACCAAGAAUUGUUCUCGCAGCAGGUGCUUGGCACUUGGCCAGUUGCUACGAUGCUCUCCGAGAAGCACUUCACAGCCGUGGCUGGAAGACUGACUCCGUUGACUAUCCCUCAGUUGGCGCCGAGCCUCCUACUAAAGGACUCGACGAUGAUGCCGCAGCUCUUCGAAGCGUUAUUGAACGCUUGGCCGACGACGGAGAACAAAUUGUUCUUGUUGUCCAUUCGUAUGGUGGACUUGUAGGAGCGAACGCUGUCAAGGGUCUAGGAUAUCACCAACGUCGCGAACAAGGGCUACCUGGAGGUGUAAUCAUGUAUGUAUACAUGGCCGCGUUUGUAGCUCCUAUCGGGGCAUCCAUCAGACAGAUGUUCGGUGGUGAGUUCCUGCCGUGGAUGAGGCUUGAGGAGGGCCGCGUGCAUCCAGAAAACCCGAAAGAGAUAUUUUACCACGAUGUGAGUGGUGAAGCACUCACAAAGUCUUUGGACACCCUCAAGCAUCAGUCGGCAGUCAUCUUCGAUGGCAUCGUCACAAAUGAGCCUUGGCAUGAUAUUGCAACGAUGUACUUCUUUUGUACUGAAGACAAGGCAAUCCCCAUCCCUAUACAGGAGGAAAUGGCAAGAAGGUUGGGCCCGGAUGCAUUGCAGUAUCAUUGCAACGCUUCGCAUUCUCCCUUCCUUUCUAAGGUUGAUGAGACUGUCAAGGGUCUAGAAUAUGCUGCAGAAGAGGGUGUGAAGAAAGUUGCCAAAGCCUAG